UCGGUCUCGGGACAGCUGACCUGCCAAUACCGGUGUUGCGCGUAGAGCCGUCGUAUUUGUUGUUAUCCACAAUAGAAUUGAAUUGAAUCGCCAGUGCUUGAGGUUGUAAUUGUGAGUGUGAGUGCAUGUUAUAUCUGAAACAAGAAUAAUCUCUUGAAAGAGGUUGCUGAUAGUGGUUGAAUCAAGGGUGAUUGUCGCGCCGUUCCCCCCGCAUCACCGAUUACGUUCUCUCCACUCUACAUCAUCCGUGUUGGCGUUGACGUCGACGUGGUGCUGCUGCGGCCGCUGCCGCGGCACAGGAUCGGACAGAAUCCUGGAUGAAAAAGGGCACGACGCCGGAACGCAUUCGAACCUUCGUCAAACGCCGCCAGGGCCGGCUCCAGGAGUAAACACCAAGAAACGGGAAUGGAGCGGUUGCCCGACGACGUGCUGCUCAUGAUGAUGGAGUACUUCACCGCAACGGACCUCGUCACAUGUCGGCUCGUCUCCAAGAGGUGGGGGAGCUUGGCCGUUCACCCAAGUGUGUGGCGGCACCGGACCAUCACCACCCACUGCUGUAAUCACUUCGUUUGUCUAGUGCUGCGCUUGGCUCCAUGUGUGCAGGAGCUGCGCUUCACGUUUCCUUCGAGGCCGGGAGUCUGUCCUCUGCCAUACGCCACGACAAAAUGUGCAGCGGAAACACUGAUCGUAUCUGUCUCCGGCAAAGGUGCCGCCCAGGCUGCUCUGGCGAUAAGACACCAAGAAUCGCUCGGCCGGCUGAAGCAUGUACUAUUGCAGACUGAAGAGUUGUCAGACUCUGACGACGUGUCUGUGGUGUUCGAAGUGCUGGCCUCCAUGUCUGGCCUGCAGCUGCUCUCCGUUGUGACAACCCCGGGGGGCGUUCGCUUUAUGCCUAGGGCGAUUCUGCACAGCUCCAACCCUACGGCUUCCUUGCGCUAUUUCCGCUGCACCCUCUCCGCAGGAAUGGAAGAAUUCUGCAAGUUCGUGUUUGCCGGCCAUGCCACCACUCUAGAGAAAAUUGAACUCUCCCCGAAAAACGUUUCAUCCGAGCUGGAACUUGAUGCUGUCGACCAAGAAUAUAUGGCUAUGGUCUCAUUGGCUCCCCUGCUGGCUGGUAUGCCUAAUCUUGAUCACCUAAAGUGUCCGUUGCUCCCCGGGCUGGAUGCACUCGCCUCGUGCACGAGCUUAAAGGAGCUGCUAUUUGUUGUGGGUACCAGCACCAGCAUGCAUACGGCUGUCCUGUCGGUCACCACCCUUCUUCGCCGUUUGACCAGCCAGCUGAGCGAACUGACCUUACUUUACUGCUCCGGAACCCGAGGACCAACUGAUGUCGGCUUGCACCUAGUCGAGGCCCUGACAUCUGGGCGACCCGUCUUGGAGGCGUUAUCCAUUUCGAAUUUAGCCUUCAAGGAGUUGGAGUACCUUCCCCAGUUGGAGACGUUGCUUACGUCGCUGCCCUUGUUACCAGCCCUGCGGCACCUGGCGGUGGAUGUGGUGCCAGAUGAGUUAUUGCGGGCAAUCACCCCUAACACUGCACCAGCCCUGCAGAGCUUCCUUGUCAAGGAUCGUCACAGAUGCGCGCACUCGUGGCUGCACAGAGACACACUUCAAAGCUUUCUCUUACGAAACCCUUCGCUCCACGUCGUGGUGAGAUUUCAAAGUACUAAGUGUGAAGACUCACCGUGUGAGACCUGUUUACUAGACUGCCAUCACUUGCUUCGUAGUACCACCCUCGCUGGCUUUUUCUCGCAUGACGCUGAUAAAUGUUCUUCUCCCGAGGACCAUUCUUCUACAAAAAGUAUUUUGUGGAUCCACGUCUCCUCCAUGGAAGUAUGCUAAAUCAUUAUUCGUUUGUGUUCUGAUCAAGUCUCGUUUAUUUCGUUGUUUCAUCCCUGUGCCGCUUCUCUGAAACGUUUUACAAAAUACAAUUUCUAUUGGUUGUAACAA